AUGGGUAAUCAACACAAUAUUUGUAUCAAAUACAAUAAAAAAAUUCUUUGUCACUCACAGAAACAUGAAGUAAGUCAGUUUUAUAUUGCAUGUAGAAAUGGUGAUAUUGAAACUGUCAAACAAAUUUUAUCAAUUACACCAUACGAACAAAUAAAUCAACUAGAACCUAAUGGAAGUACAGGACUGCAUGCAGCUGUAUUCUAUGGACAUGCAGAUAUCGUUCGUCUUCUUUUACAGGAGUAUGGUUGUGAACGUCAUCGUCUAAAUUCAUAUGGUUUAACUGCUUAUCAGGAAGCAAAAACACAAGAAAUUCGACGGUUAUUUUAUCGUCCAUCGCAUAUUAAUCGGUUUUAUGAUGAAAACAAUACUUUCAUAAAUGCAUUUGAGAUUGUUUCUUCAUCGACAGAGAUCGUUGCCGAUAACUAUGAAAAUAAUGAAAAAAUCAAUAAAUAUAUUCAACGUUUUGUAACACAAGAGGAAGUUGAUAAAGAAAUGAUUUCUCUUAGUCAAAGUAAAAAGCUUCUUCAAACGGCAUUGGGACGCUAUAUAAUUCGAAAAGUACUAAAACAUCAAGAUUUAAAUGAUGAUACACUUAAUAAAUAUAUAACAGAUAAAGCAUUUAGAAUACAAACAAUACGAAAAAUAAUCGAUGAACAAGUGACGCCAACACAUUUGGAGUAUAAAAAAUGUUCUCAACUUCUAUCAAACUAUGCUCAACAUGAAAAUAUAGAUAAUUUAUUAAAACUUUAUACAUUAGAAACACCAUUUUACUAUCAAUUACGAGAUAAUAUUUUACCAUUUUUUUGGCCUUUAGUAUUAAAAAAGGAUUUGAAAUAUCGACGUUUUCAAGGUGUGUCAUAUCGUGGCAUAACUAUGUCUAACGACGAUUUAGAAUGUUAUCGAUUAGCUUGGAAUAAUCCCGGAAGUAUUAUUGAAACACUAACAUUUUCAUCAACAUCAUUAGAUCGAUCUGUUGCUGAAAAUUUUGCUGUAUCACGGUCAAUAACAUCACCUACUACAAUACGUGUAUUAAUGAUAUUUAACUUUCCCGAUGCAUGCGAGCAAGCACUAUAUUUAGGUAAAAUACCUGAGUAUAAUCUUCCAUGUGCAUCCGAAUAUGAAGAUGAACAAGAAAUAUUAAUUGUACCGUUUACAGCAUUUCAUGUAGAAAAUAUUCAAACUAAUUCUGAUGAACAUCGUACAACAGUAAUUACAUUAAAAAAUAUACCUCUUGCAAAAAUAUCCUUCUCUGUUGCAUCAAAAAUAUUUCUUCAAGCAAAACCACAAGACCACAGUUAUUUAUUAAAUAAAGUUGGAUUUUGA